AUGAAGACGCGAUUAAACAACCGACUGAAGGGAAAUUCGUACUAUGAGUACUCCAUCAAGCAUAGCACGUACGAUAUCGACGAGGCGGUAGCGUACAUAGAAAGGAGUUCCUUCUUCAGAAGUUGCGACGGGGCAGGGCGUGCGGGCAGUCGCAGCGGCAGGGAUAGCAGUUUGGAUAGUAACUCAGAUAGCAGCUUAGAUUGCAAUUUAGAUAGUAGUUCAAAUGAUAGUUCAAAUAGCAGUGCAAGUAGCCUUUCAAAUGGCAGUUCAAAUAGAAGUUCAAAUAGCAGUCUCGAUGGCAGCCCCAACAACAGGCGCAGUCGAAUCGCCCCUUGCAGGGGCAGACGGGAGCCCACCCUGCAACGGAAACUCCUACGCCUGAUGCGCGAGGAGAAAAAGUACAUGCAGAAUGGCACCCACAAGCAGAGAGAGCCAACGAAAGCGAAGAGGCGGUCCAAGGAACAUGAACAGGACAACUCCGAAGGAGGCGAAUCGGGGCUGAUGUAUGUGCAUGAUACAUGCGAACAAAUUUUAAAUAGCGGAAACGCAUUCAGCCAAAACACAGACAGGUAUAUCAUUAUGAACAGAAGAAACCAAAUCAAAAAGAUAAGCCUAAACGAAAUGAACGAACUUAUUACAGAAAUUAUCUACACAACAAUGACAAGAGACAAUUUAGAAAAUAGCCUGCUGGAUCUCCUAGGAGAAGAACACAUCGAUUUUAUAUUCAACAUUAUUAAGAACAAGGAAAAUAUAAAAAGAGAUAUUAAACUGUUAAGCAAAUAUGUAGAUGUAAAGGAAAAAACUCUCGCAUCAAACUUCUUCAUAACUGAUAAGACCACAGACGGAAUUAACAGCAAAAAAAAUAUUUUUAUAAAAAAGGAAAAUAUUGAAAAAAUUGUAGAUUUCUUUCUAUAUACAUUAAAAGAAAAUAAUUUUGGAGAUGUUAAAAAAAUUUACAUACCUAAUGAAGAAAACAAGUUGGAAGAAAUACAGGUCCCCAGAAAUACCUCCUACUCAUACACAGACAAUGUGACCAAAGUUAGGAUUAACAGAUUGGAAAAUUUUCAAUUCAGUAAAGACGAGUUAGUUCCUGUGAAGGUGCUACCCUUUUGGCACAAAUACAUUUUCGAGUUCGAACAUUUUAAUUAUGUGCAGUCCAAAGUUUUUAAGGCUGCCUUUCAGACGAAUAAAAAUUUACUCGUCUCCGCGCCCACUGGGUGUGGAAAAACCAAUAUCGCUUUGUUGGUCAUACUGCAGCAGAUUUGCCUCUUCUGCGAACAGAACGGAAUCAGCCUCGAGAAGAUCGCCCAGACUAACCUCGUUCGUAGCGGUGAGGAGGUCUACGCCCAGGGGAUUCGCCGUGCAGACGUACAUCAUACGGAGCGAAGCGAACAGGUGGUCAAUGAUCCCCUGAAGGACGAAUCCCCAAGUGAGGACCCGCCAAAUGAGGACACUCCAAAUGCAGGCCCCACAAAUGAGGAGACUCCAGAUGAAGACCCUCCAAAUGAAGACCCCACGAAUGAGGAUCUCCCAAUUGGGGACCUGCGAACCGGGGACCCGUUGGAUGAGGACCCCCCAAGCGACGAGGGCGCCAGCGACUACGCCCCGUACCGCGGCGGAAACUCCAUAAGCGCAAAAGAAUUCAAAAUCAUUUACAUAGCACCGAUGAAGUCUCUUGUGUUCGAAAUAACCAACCUGUUCCAAAGGAAGCUAAAAAUUUUUAACCUAAAGGUAUGCGAAUACACAAAGGAGCACAGCCUGACCUCCAAACAAUUGGAAGCAGUGCACAUAAUAGUAACCGUCCCCGAAAAGCUAGACAUACUUCUAAGAAAUAGCAGCUACUCCACCACGGUAUCUGAUGAGUCAUUAAUUAAACACAUCAAAUGUCUGAUCCUUGAUGAAGUACAUUUGCUAAAUACAGAUAGAGGUGACGUAAUAGAAACAAUUGUUGCUAGAUUUUUAAGAUACUCCGAAACGUCCCAGUCGGUGAGAAGAAUAAUGUCCAUGUCAGCCACACUACCAAAUUACAACGACGUGAGGGAUUUUCUAAAAGUGGAAAACGAUAUGUGCUUCUACUUCAAUGAAAGCUACCGAUCCAUUCAGCUCGAUAAAACCCUCUACGGAAUACAUGAAAAAAAUAUGAACAAGUUAAAUAUAGCCAAAAAUAUGUAUGCCUAUGGAGAAAUUAUAAAUGCGUUGAGGAAAGAUAAGCAGUGCAUCAUUUUUGUAUGCUCCAGAAAUGACACCAAUAAAACGAUACAAUUCCUGAUUGACUAUGCUGUUAAAAAUGGUGAGCUCGAUUAUUUCGUCAGCAACCUCUACACAGAUAGCGAAAUAAAUAAAAGAAUUAAAAAAUCGAAUAACAUGUAUGUGAAACAGUUUUAUGAAUUUGGCUGCUCCAUACACCACGCGGGCAUGUCGAGAUCUGACAAAAUAUUGGUAGAAGAUUUAUUUAAAAAAAAGGCAUUCAACGUAUUAUGCUGCACAUCUACUCUAGCAUGGGGAGUUAACUUACCUGUCCAUACCGUCAUCAUCAAAGGUACUAACUUUUUUUCCUCUGAAAGCGGAAAAAUGGAAGAUAUGGACAUUCUCAACAUUAACCAAAUAUUCGGAAGGUGCGGCAGACCGCAAUACGAAGAUCACGGACAUGCUAUCCUCAUAACAGAAAGGACAAAACUGUACAAGUAUAUAAAACUGUUAACCAAUAAUACCAUCAUUGAAUCGAACUUUUUAAAAAAUAUAGAAAAUCACUUAAAUGCCGAAAUAAGCAUAGGGACAACGAAAAAUGUGGAAGAUGGUAUUAAGUGGCUAGAAUAUACCUACCUCUAUGUUAGAAUGAAAAAAAACCCAAACCUGUACGAUGCCGAUCUCACCACAGAUAUGCAUUUGUACAACAAAAGAAAGGAAAUUAUCCUAAAGGCCAUUCAAAAUUUGAGUGAAAAUAAAUUAGUUAGGAGAGUAUUCCUCACUAACGACUUUAUUGGAACCUUCUAUGGACACAUAGCAGCCAAGUAUUAUGUUGAUUAUCAAACCAUAGGAAUUUUUGCUGAAAAUAUUGACAAAAGCAAUUACGUAGAAAUUAUUGACGUUAUUAGUAAAUCAAAAGAAUUCGAAAAUAUACAAAUCAGAAAUGAAGACAUGAAAGAUUUUCUCUGGUUAAAAAGUAGAUGUGAAAUUAGUGAGCAGUACGACGAAUCAAAAUGUAUGACUUUACGCAUAUUAAUCGAAUCCUAUUUGAGAAGGAUACAAAUAAAUAACUUUUCCCUCAUUUGCGAAAUUAACUAUGUCAUACAAAACAUCAUCCGAAUUUUAUAUGCCUACUACGAAAUAUGCCUUAACGUCCUGAAAAAUAUUUCCCACUUAAUUAUGAAUACACAUAAUCUUAUUGUAUCCAUUUUGAGGAGACUGCCCAUGAACGCUUGCGUCUUCAGACAUUUCUGCUACAAAAAUGAAUUACUAGAAAAGAAAAACAUGACAUUUUCUAGCCAAACCACCAAAGGGGGCAAGUAUGGAAACGCUUCUACAGAAGAUAAUGCAGCUUCUCACCCGAACCAUCUACCCUACAGGGGAAAGUACAUAAAUCCGUCCGAAAUGUUCGAGGAGCAGGAGUACCCUAAUAAUUAUGCUUCCCAUGACACGUCACAGGGGAGAUAUCGGAAAAAUCAAAACUAUACCAUUUACCUAAAAGAGUCCGUGGUGAAUAUUCUAGAAAAAAAAAAACUAACACACGAAUCUCUCGACACGUUAACCAAGAGCGAACUUCUGUUCUUUUUAAGAAAUGAAGUCUACACCAACCAAAUUUUAUACUACAAGAAUAUAAUUCCAAACUUACACAUCGAUGGAUACAUUCAGCCCAUAACACAAACCAUCAUGAAAAUAAAUCUCCAGGUGCAACUUACAAAUACUAUUUGGUCAGAUCAGUGGAACGACAUUCAGGAAAAUUUCCACCUGUUUCUAUUGAACACACUUAAUAAUGACAUAUUAUAUUUCCAAAAAUUCUCUAUUCAUAAAAAAGACAGGAAAAAAAUUCAUGACAUUUCUUUCGAAUUUCCUCUCUCGAAUCAAAUGCCCCCACAAAUCACUGUCCAGUUUGUGUCCAUGAAUUGGUGCAAUUUGUCCUACGUCCAUAUUUUCAAUACAAACAAUUUGUUCAUUAAUCAGAAGAUUAAUAUAUUUUCCGAAAUCCUUCCUAUCGUUCCCCUAUCGACGCAAAUUUUGAACAUCCCUAGCUACAUCAAGUUCUUUUCCUUCCGCUACUUCAACCCUAUUCAGACGCAGAUGUUCCACGCGACGUUCCACACGGACGAGAACAUCCUCCUGGGGGCUCCUACAGGAAGCGGCAAGACCGUCAUCGGAGAGCUGUGCAUCCUGAGGAACCUGCUGCACCACGAACGGGAAAAGUCCGUGUACAUAUGCCCCAUGAAAGCCAUUGUAAACGAGCGAUACAAGAACUGGGCGAGCAAAUUUAAAAACCUCCUAAACAAAAACAUAAUUGAACUGACAGGAGAUAAAAACGAAAAUAAAGAAAACAUACUGGACAGUGACAUAAUCAUAUGUACGCCAGAAAAAUUAGACGUUAUAUCCAGAAAUUGGAAAAAUAAAAAAUUCAUGCAAAAUGUCAAUUUGAUCAUUUUUGACGAGAUACAUUUACUCGGGCAGGAGAACAGAGGAGGUGUCAUUGAAAUUUUAAUUAAUCGAUUCAAACAUAUGGAACAGUACUUGAAUAAAAAAAUAAGACUCGUUGGUUUAACAACCGUCAUAACGAGUGUAGACGAUUUGAUUUUAUGGCUCGAUGUGAAGGAAAACUACCUUUUUAAUUUUCCGUCCUCAUGCCGAAUAGUGCCUUGUAAAACGCACAUUCUAGGGUUCACCCAAAAGGCAUACUGCGCACGAAUGUCAGUAAUGAACAAAAAUGUGUUUGAUGCUAUUAACCAAUAUGCCCAAGCUAAAAAUGUACUCAUAUUUGUUUCGUCCAGAAGACAAACGAGAGUUACGGCAUAUGACAUAAUUUCACUGAACCUUAGUUCCCACAACCUCAACUUUUUGCAUACAGAAAAUUUGCUGAAUGAUAAGAGUCACAUCCAGUUUUUACUUAAUAGUAGUAAAAAAAAAGACGGGAAAAGGAAAAAAAAAAAAAAAAAAAAAGGAUUACCAAAUGAUGGACAGGAAAUAAAUGAGAACCAAGGUCGUCGUCAUAACUUUAACUCGAAUCAUUUAGCACGAGGCUAUGAACAUGAUAACCAUUUAGACAGCGACAGUGGUGAGGAGGAAUCAAAUGAUCUUCUCGAUUAUACAUACUUAAUGAGUAAGAAUUUAUCUGGGGAAGAAAAAACGCAAGUAGCUAACAUGCUCUUCCAAAACUACUUGAACUUAAUCGAAAAUGAACACUUGAAAGAUUUGCUGAGAUACGGAAUAGGAAUCCAUCAUGCAGGGUUAAACGAAAAUGACAAAAAUAUUGUAGAAUAUUUUUUUUUAAAUAAAAUUAUUCAAAUACUUAUAUGCACAUCGACCUUAGCAUGGGGAAUUAACCUCCCUGCCUAUCUGGUAAUCAUAAAGGGAAAUGAAUUCUACGAUGCAAAAACGAAAAAGUACAAAGAUAUUUCAUACACAGAUUUAUUACAAAUGAUUGGCAGAGCUGGCAGACCACAAUUUGACGACAAAGCUUUAGCCAUAUUGCUAGUACAAGAAAAAAGAAAAAACGCAAUAAAAAAUUUUCUCUAUCAUCCUAUGAAUAUAGAAUCCAAUAUUACUGAAAAUUUAAAUGAACAUAUCAAUGCAGAAAUUUGUUCCAAAGUUAUAAGCAACAAGGAAGACCUUUUUAACUACCUUACCAAGUCGUAUUAUUUUAAAAGACUCUUUUCCAACCCCUCGUACUACAUCAAAGAUGUGCAAUAUGUUCAAUUAUUUGAUAAUAAUAUACUGUCUAAUCAAGCUAAGAAGGUUAUAUAUGAGCAUGUGAACAAAAUGAUCGACAGCACAAUCAGCUUCUUGCAGAACAACAAGUGCAUACAAGUCACUAUGGAGGAUUAUAUGUACACUUAUUGCGCGACCCCCCUAGGCCAUAUUGCCUCUGUGUACUACCUAAAAUGUGAAACGGUGUCUUUUUUUUACAAAAUGGUUGAGCAGAGUUGUGGUCGACCUAAUUUUGUCGAAGACGAAAAGGAUAAGGUAGAGGAUGACUGUGGGGACCUUCAAAAUGGCAACCGUGCGGUCGGGCAGGGAGAGGCAGUCAUGGACUUGGGGGAAACCACCUAUGGUGAAGCGAUAACUAGCGAGAUAAAGGGAGCGAAUAGCGACGCGAAACAUGAAGCACAGAACGAAGAUCACUGCGUAGAGGAGAAAUCAAAUACCCACGAACACCGCGACGAAUUGCGCAACGGCCAUUAUCGCCACCACCGCGCGCAGGGAACAGAACUCGACUUUUACGGGCUGUUCGCCUUGAUCGCCCAGGCAAGGGAAUUUGAUGACGUCCCCUUGAGGCACAACGAAGACCAAUACAACGUAAAGCUGAGAAACCAAAUUCCCUUAGACAUCGACAUGAAUAUGAAGAAUAUCAAAACAUACCUCCUACUCCUCUCCCGUUUGUACGAAUGCACCUACGAAACGGCAGACUAUCACAUCGACUUGAAAUUAGUCAUGGAUCAAAUUGCAAGAGUUAUUAAUGGAUUCAUUGACACAUGCUUACUAUUUGGUAAGUAUAAUUAUAUACAAAAUUUGAUCCUCAUAUAUCAGUGUAUUAACCAAAAAAUUCAGCCCAGCCAAAAUUCCCUCCACCUCAUUAAGGACAUAAGUGACAGUCAGCUAGCCAAAUUGGAAGAAUUGCAAAUUAACAAUUUAAAGGAUCUAUUAAAAUUUGAUAAAUCAUUCUUAUAUUCACUUAACAUCUUCCAUACCUCUCAGUUGGAUUUUAUUUUUCAAAUUCCGUCCGUAACUAGCAGCAUCAAAUUAUUUUACAAAAGUGUUAACCCUAAUAACGAGGUGCCAGAAAAGAAAAAUAACUUUGUCAACAUCCCAUGUGUAAAUCAUUUGAAACAUGAAAAUAAAUUUUUUUUUCAAAUGAAACAUCAUGAUCCGAAUGAAAUUGUUAUUAAAGUUUUUUUUUGUUUCUUUAAUAAAUUGUCGCGCGAUGGCAAUUCUGGCGCCCCCUCUAGUGCAAAUGUGCAGUGGUACGCUAUCCUGCACGAUUGUGCUCAAGAUGAAUCGGUUUCCAUCAAGCGCUUCAACAAUUCGGCCCUAAAGAAAACAUCAUCCGUCUCGUUCACUUUGGAAGACCUAGUCCAGGGCAUCUACGACUUCACCGUGUACGCACAUAGUGACACCUACUACGGAAUAGACCACCAGGUACACAUCCAGCUUUCUGUUGAAUAA